AGUGUUUGCAGGAUGGGCCUGGACGCUCUGGUAGAGUCAUAUGGGUUCUGGCGUCCUUCUCUCAGAAGCCUGAUGUUUGAAGACAUCCCUGGAAUGAAACAAGGAGUCCCGGGGUCGCAUGGAGUCCCAUCUCACCUGCUCUCCUCUUCUCCUUGCUCCUCCCCAUUCAAGGUGUGCCCUCAUUCUCCCCUGGACGACACCUGCAGCCGACCAACACACCCCCUCCAUCACUACGUCAACCCCGCCUCCCCCUUCCCCCUUCCUGUGGUGCGAAGACCGUCAGCAUUCUGCUCCAUGUCCCCACCCCCCUCUCAGUUUGGCUACCUGCAUCCUCUACCACGCCAGGGCUACGGUAGUAUCUGCCUCCAUUCACCCCACUACGGUCUCUACGGUUACUCCAACCCCCACUAA